UGUGAACUCCCUACUGUGGAAAAUGGUAAACAAAGACAUGAAUGGAUUCCCAGUCAAGAAAUGCUCAGCCUUCCAAUUUUUUAAGAAGCGGGUACGAAGAUGGAUCAAGAGCCCAAUGGUCAGUGUGGACAAGCAUCAGAGUCCCAGCCUGAAGUACACAGGCCCCUCGGUCAUGCACAUCCCUCCAGGGGAGCCAGAUUUUGAGUCUUCCUUGUGUCCAACGUGCCUGGGAGACCAUGCUUUCCAAAGAGGUGUUCUCCCUCAGGAGAAAGAGUCAUGUUCAUGGGAAACUCAAUCCGGGUGUGAAGCGAAAGAGCCAUGUAAUCAUGCCAGCAUCCUGACCAAGCCUGACCCAAGAGCCUUCUGGACUAAUGAUGAUUCAGGUAUUAUUGGAAAAAUACACUCUGGCCCUGUGAUGUACAAGAAGCAUUCUGUAGUAAAGCACUACAUAAAGUUGGGACACAAGGCCUAA